AUGUCUUGGAUACCUUCACCCUCGACCGCUCGAACCAUCCUCUACGGCAUACUGAUUGGUUUCUCGCUCUCAAUCACGUCCACUUCUCUUGCUCUGCUGUACAGAGAUCGCAGAAAAGACAAGGAGGAAGCCCAACCUGGCUCGCGUCCGAUUGAAUUAAGGAGUGAUGAGGUAUUGGACGGUGUGACGGGGCUCAUUGGGAAUACCCCGCUGGUGCGGAUUAACUCAUUGAGCGACGCGUUGGGGGUCGAAAUUCUGGGUAAAGCAGAGUACUUGAACCCAGGAGGGAGUGUCAAGGAUCGCGUCGCAUUGAGAAUGAUCGAAGACGCAGAACGUCAAGGCUAUCUACAUCCGUACACAGGCUCACGCAUCUUCGAAGGCACGGUUGGCUCUACCGGUAUCUCAUUGGCAACUAUUGCUCGUGCAAGGCAAAUUGUCCAUCCGUCAAUCAUUAUGCCCGAUGAUGUCUCGGUCGAAAAGGUCCAUGCUCUCCAAGCUCUAGGUGCUGAUGUGGAGAGGGUGAGGCCCGCGAGCAUCGUCGACAAGAAACAGGUUAAAUCUUCUGUUGUCGUAACUACCGCUGAGUCGCACACGAAUGGCGAGGCCAACGGUUACGCUGUGACAGAAGAAGAGGAACUCCGAACGAAGCCCAGAGGGUUCUUUGCAGACCAAUUUGAGAACAGGAGCAAUUUUGAAGCGCACUUCGAAGGCACCGGCCCCGAAAUCUGGAGACAGACCAAUGGUGAUCUCGUAGCCUUCGUCGCUGGCGCUGCGGGCACUGGGCAUUUCCUCAAGACUAUGAAUGACGAUGUCACAGUCGCAAUUGCAGAUCCGGAGGGUAGUGGCUUGUAUAACAAAGUCAAGCACGGCGUCUUGUACGACCGUAAGGAAAGCGAGGGUACAAAGCGGCGCCAUCAGGUGGAUACUGUCGUCGAGGGCAUCGGGAUCAACAGGCUUACGAAGAAUAUCGAGUUAGCCCUUCCCAUUAUCGAUGACGCUUUCCGAAUAACCGAUGAGGAGGCUGUAAGUAUGUCACGCUUCCUGGUCCAGCGCGAUGGCCUUUUCCUUGGGUCAAGCAGUGCGUGCAACCUAGUCGCAUGCGUGAAACUCGUGCGCAAGAUGGGUUGGCGAGAUGGGGAGAAGGUCGUCACAAUUAUGUGCGACUCGGGCAACCGACAUUAUUCUAAGUCAUACUUCAGGAAUGAUGAGUACCUUCAUAAGGCUGGCAUUCGGAACGACAUUGGAAUCGUUCAGGAUUUACUUCGACAGCCGUUUCCUCCGAUGUCUUCCAUCACGAAAAUCUAG